UUCAGGUGGCAUCGGUUAUGAUAUAACACAGGGGAGAAUAUAAGGGAAACAGGCUCCCUCUUCCCACCAUAAGACAACCAGCCAUUACCGCGGCAACAUACGCCACCGUCACACUACUGACUCAUCACACAGCUGAAGUCAACACUUGGAAAUUAUAUCCUGAGACCACCACCAUCUGAGGCCACCACCAUCUGAGGCCACCACCACCCGAGGCCACCACCAUCCGAGGUCACAAUGUUUAUACCGGUGCUGUUGGUCAUCAGCCUCCUGACACAAGUGGACGCCGGUACAUGUCCUACAAAUUUCGAGCCUGUGGGGGAGGGCUGCUACUACUUCUCUGAGAUGAAGAGGACAUGGGCCGAGGCGCGAGACUACUGCCAGACCCUCCUGCCGGACCAGGACGCCGACUUGGCCGUCCUGGACAACUACUGCGACGACUACAUGCAUUUAAUCACAUACAUCACCAGCAACGGUGUGAUCAACAGCUACUGGCUAGGCGCUACUGACCAGAAUCACGAAAGUUAUUACACCUGGGUGGACGGACGAAUUAUGAACCUGUUGGCCCCGUACUGGGCUCCCGCCGAGCCGCAGUCCAGCACAGUUAACAACUGUAUCCUCAUGCAUGAUGUCACGGAAUUCAUCACUAGGUUCCGUCUCAUAGAUAUUAACUGCAUUAAUGAAUAUUUGUUCAUUUGCCAAUUGGGUGUCCACACUCUUAAACUGACCUGAAGGUUCCGACAACUGAGUGCACGCACGCACGCACGAACACAGACGCAUGCACACAAGCAUACACACACAUUGUGUGUGUGCGUGCAUGUGUAGUAUAUUUAGAAAAAAUAUAUGUAGUAGAUAUAAGAGAGGAAAAAAUAGAUUGGUUAGAAAGUUGGGGUCCAAGAGCAAAAAGCUCGACUCUGCAGACACAAAUAGUAAAUACACAAACCUGCUAGAGUUCUGUGAUAAAGUAACAAGAUUAAAAUUAAUGCAGGACAGUGAAGAAUGGGCAGACUGCAUAUUUCUGGACUGCCAAAAAGCUUUUGAUCCCACAGGAGACUGCUAUUCAAACUUGAGAGGCAGGCGGGAGUAAGGGAUAAAAGCCCAAGCUUGGGUAAAGAAUUACUUAAGAGGCAGGAGCCAGAGUGUUACAGUCAAGGGUGAGAAGUUGGACUGGCGAACAGUAACGAGUGGAGUACCUCAAGGAUCAGUGCUGGGACCAGUUCUAUUUUUAAUAUAUUUAAACAACAUGUCUACAGGAGUCGAGUCUUAUAUGUCAAUGUUCGCGGAUGACGCGAAAUUAAUGAGACGAAAUGUGAUAGAUGAGGGUUGGAGGAUUGAACUUGAACAAGCUUCAGUAAUGGUCAGAGAAAUGGCUACUGGAGAUCAAUGCAAGCAAGUGUAAAGUUAUGGAAAUGGGAUUAGGUGACAAAAGACCAAAGGGACAGUACACAGUGAAGGGAAACUACCUUCCUGUGACGAUUGUAGAAAGAGACCUGGGAGUAGACGUAACACCAAAUCUAACUCAUGAGGCAUUUGUAAAAGCAGCGUAUUCUAUGCUAGUAAAAGUUAGAACGUCAUUCACAAACCCAUGUAAGGUGGAAUUUAGGGGGCUCUACACUGACUACGUGAGACCAGUCUUAGAGUAUGCCGCCCCCACCUGAAGAAACACAUAAGGAGACUGGAAAAGUUUCAGAAAUAUGCGACGAGGCUUGUCCCAGUGUUAUGACGGAUGGGGGUAUGAAGAGAGAUUGAAGGAACUGAACCGGACAACGUUAGAAAAAAGGAGGGAGCGGGGAGAUAUGAUAGAAAAAAGAAUAUAAUUAGGAAUUGACAGAGAAAAAUAGACGAAAUGUUCACACUGAAUACCAACAGAACAAAGGUACAUGGUUGGAAGCUGGAAACUCAGAUGAGUCAUAGAGAUGUGAGGAAGCUUUCGUGUAGCAUGAGAGUAGUGGAAAAAUAGAAUGAACUAAUGGAGCAGGAUGUGGAAGGGAAGCAAGCCCUAUUUAUAAUUUUAAAACAAGAAAUGGCACGAAAUAGGAUAGGAGUCAUUGUUUUUAACAACCGGAGUCUAGAAAGGUGGGAUCCAAGAUUUAAUCCUCGAUCCUGCAAGCACAAAUAGGUGAGUACACGUAGAUCUAACACCAGGAGCACACAUCAGCAAAACACCGAGGGCAGCAUUCGCCAUACUAGUAGACGUCCAGUUAUCCUUCAGCAACUUGGACAAAGAUCCCUUCCGAGCGCUGUAUACACCCUUUGUGAGGCUAUUAUUGAGUAAGCUGCCUCAGCACGGAACCCCCUACCCUAAAAAUACAACACUAGAAAAAGGUUACAAAAUAUACCAACCUGUCCUCGACUCACGUCCAUUACAUCCAGUGGUCAACCCCCAAAGAUGCAUUCAUAAGUUUUAACAUGCUGUUCAUUCAAAACGGGAUUUUCUAAAAAAAAAUAAAUUUAUAUAAAAUAUUAGC